AUGGAAGAUGAGAACCGAGUUUUAGAUCAAGAAUAUGAAGAUAAACAAGCUGACAAUAAGAGGAAAUCUCAAUCUGGUGAAGACAUUGACGCUGCCAAUGAGAAUCCUGAUACUGACAGUAAUUUCAAGUACAAUGGUGAAGAUACAGAAACGUCUCCACCAGGGGAUAUUCAACAACCUACUCCUGGUUCUAAAGGCGCUCCUCAAUAUAAUAGUCAUUCCACCUACAUGCUUCCUCUUCCACCUCCUCUACCUUCACUGUAUCCUGACAUUGAUACUACUGGUGUUGAUGUUGAUGGGGAGCAUCAUGUCCCUCAAGGGGAACCAAGUGACUUCGACUCUAAUGAAGAUGACAUUCCUCUGAUAAAGAGGCAAAAAGAAAAAACUGCUCCUGAUGUUGGUCCUUCCAAAAGGAAACGCAAGGAUCUUACUGUUACUAAAAUGGAAAAAGCAUGGGGUGUAUCUCUUGAAGAAGCUAGAGAGUUUUCCAGGCUAUACAACAUCUAUUCCUCAAAUCAAAUAUUUUCCAGAAAAGACUCCAAUAAUAUUCAAGAGAAGUUGAUUGCUAUUGUUUCAAUGAUCAAUCAGAUCGAGAGCCUGAACAAGUUCAUCAUCAAAAUGUCAAAGGAGAAAGUGGCCCACGAAAAUGCAAUAUCCAGACUUGAACGGAGCAGGUUUAGAUAUGUGCUAACAUGUAGAAGUGACCAUGAUGCUAUGGUCAAAGUGAGAUGCACUAAUCCUAAAACUGAAAGAAUACUUACAGUGUAUAUCACAAGGCGUGGUAACAAGGAUGAAGUUGUUGAACAAUACAAUAAGGUCUUAUCCUCCUAUGAUUUAGUGAAAUUUAGGUACAUAGAGUGGUUGCAGAUUGUAGAGUUGGUUAACAAGCAGAGGGAACAUAUGUUGAGGGAUUGA